CGAGGGGGGGUGGGGAGGGGGGUGGGGGGGGCAGUGCUGCACUAUGACAGAUAGUGCGUUACAUGCGUCUGGACAUAUCUGCAGUCAUUUCUAGGCAGUUUACAUUCGCGAGGAUUUCGGAGAGAAGUGUCCGGGUUUUUUUUAAUUUUUUUUUUUUUUUUUUGCGCGUUGACAGCUGGACCGCCCCGCGCCUUCAUUGGAGGGCGAGCGACCGAAGUGUCCGCUUCCCUUUAAGAUUUCAUCCAGUUGCUAUUCAAUGUCCAUUCGCACAUGGCUGAGGCUGCCCUGUGGCUGAUCUUGACAAUGCUUUCAACUAACCGCUCUGGAGGCGCGUGGGGAUGAAAUGGAUGGAGCCCAUGGCCAGACCAACGCACCAGCUCCCACCUCCCAGCAUGUCCAGCCGCAGCAAGUCUCCCCCCAACUCUGGAGAAGUUGCAGGCGGUAACUCCAUGUCAUGGGUGAAGAUGUUCAAAAAACCUGGAGGAGGCCUGAAAAAAUCCUACCAGCCUGGGAGCAUGCUAUCUCUCGCACUCACCAAAGGCCUGCUGAAUGAGCCUGGGCAAAACAGCUGCUUCCUAAACAGCGCCGUUCAGGUGCUUUGGCAACUGGACAUUUUCAGGAGAAGUUUGAGGCAGCUCUCAGGUCACUUCUGUCUUGGUGAUGCCUGCAUUUUCUGCGCUUUAAAGAGUAUCUUCAGCCAGUUUCAACAGAGCAGAGAGCGUGUGCUCCCCUCAGACAGCCUGCGCAAUGCUCUGGCUGAAACUUUUAAGGAUGAGCAGCGUUUCCAACUUGGCCUGAUGGAUGAUGCUGCUGAGUGCUUUGAGAACAUCCUGGAGCGAAUUCAUUUACACAUAGUUUCAGACGCCUCGACUGAUUCUUGUUCAUCCAAAUCCUGCAUCACCCAUCAGAAAUUUGCAAUGAUGCUUUAUGAACAGUUUGUGUGUCGCUGUUGUGGUGCAUCUUCAGACCCACACCCAUUCACAGAAUUCGUACAUUAUGUCUCAACUACUGCUUUAUGCCAACAGGUUGAUCGCAUGUUGGGGAAAAACGAGCGGCUCAGGUCAGACAUGUUUGGAGAAUUGCUGCAGGCAGCAAACAACACAGGUGACCUCCGAAGCUGCCCGAGCAACUGUGGUCAAAGUAUCAAGAUCCGCCGUGUGCUCAUGAACUGUCCAGAGAUUGUCACUAUAGGAUUUGUGUGGGAUGCUGAGCAGUCUGAUCUUACGGAUGAAGUAAUUCGGUCACUUGGCCCAAAUCUGAACCUAUGUGGGCUUUUCAACCGUGUCACUGAUGAAAAUGCCAAACGGAGUGAGCUACAUCUGGUGGGGAUGAUCUGCUUUUCGAGUAAACAUUACUCAGCCUUCGCCUAUCACACCAAAUCUUCAAAAUGGAUGUUUUUUGAUGAUGCUACUGUAAAGGAGAUUGGAUCCAAAUGGAAAGAUGUUGCUUCUAAAUGUAUCAGGGGACAUUUCCAGCCACUUCUUUUAUUUUACACCAAUCCUGAGGGAUCUCCAGUGUCUAAUGAAGAUGCACCACGACAAACUACCAUGUGUCCUCGCUACAAAGCCCAAGUAAAUGGUGACACGACAGUGAAACAUCCCCUUGGCAGUCCUAACAAAUACCAGGAACCUUUCAUGGAGAAUUUGCAGAGGCCAAGUGAAACAUCAAAGAAGGAUCGUGUGUAUCGGAAAACGGAACCAUUGCAACACAAAGUGAUGGCACAUGCAAGAUCUUCAUCUCCACCAGAAAAUGGACCGAGGCCUCCUGUGGACCAAAAAUUCAAAAGCUAUCCACGUACAGAGAAGUCAUCAAACCACUCAAGCAGAGGAUCCCAGGAGCCACGUGGACACUCCUUUGGUACACAGAGUGGUGGGCAUAGCCGGAGAAGCAACACUUCCCCGAAUCGCCAUGAUCAGGAGAGCUGCCAGGAACAAUGGGAAAAGGGUGGAGGUGAAGGAAGUCGCAAUAAAUCUAAGUCUACUUGGAGACCCAUUCGGGAGGUGUUAAAUGUGGACACUGUGCUGAACGAACUGGAGCAGCGCCGUCAACAGCAGCACGACAGCCCAAGGCACAAUAAGCCUUCAUUGCAGGAAAGAGUACACACAGAACAAAGCCGAGACCGGGAGCAGGAGCAUGUACGAACUAGAGAGGAUAGGAAGCAGAAGUGUUUAAUGACGAUUUAUGAGGACGAGCAGCGGCUUGAGACUGAGAGCCAUAGCUCUGUAGAGUCAGAAAGCAGGGCCAACCAACAGAGGGGCAGCAGACUUAAGGGUGGUCCCAAGACACUGCUGCGUAGUGAUACCUGGACAAUUCAAAGAACAGAGUCUGGCUAUGAGAGCAGCGAUAGACUCAGCAGUGGCUCCACCAAUCCUGACUCACCUGGUGUUGAUGGCUUCAUUGUUAAAGACCAGAGGUCAACACCUGAGGCACAGUUGCAAAGUCAGCUGCACCAAAAAGGAGGAGAUGCCAAAUCAAGUAUCUCAUCCUCACCAACACACAAUGGUAAACAUCAACUCAAACCUCAGGGAAAGAACCAUGACCAAGUUUCACAUUCACAUCUAAAGUGCAGUCCAAGUUCGAGACGGAAAUCAAAGUACACUUCUAGUAACUCCAGAAAAGCAGUGUCUUCAGAGAGGGACUCAACUGGUUUAGAUAACAGGCAGGGUGAGCAGCAGGAGCUGUCAAACUGUAGAGGUCACACUGGAGAAAGUACUGCCCUGAGGCACAUCACAAAAACCAGCAGCUCAGAGUGGAACAGCUCUGAUGAUCUUGCUCUCUCUGAGCCCGAAGACAGAGAUAACGCAUACCGCUCCAGCAACUGCGAGGCUGUCACCUCCGAAUCCCAGUGUCCUCACAUUACGCUGCCAUACCACCCUCCCAGCAACGUGACUGCCGAACCUCUCCAACUGAACAAUCAGCGUCAGCUCGGCAUGACAGUGUCUCCUCACCUUCGACCAACCCAGCGGGUCCCCCAGCACCAGGGUGAAACAAGCCACGCAGCAUUUCGUCCUAGGAUGCUUCAAGAACCUUAUCCAUCAAGCCCUCGUCUUUCAUCCACAUCCUAUGUCAGUCCUCACAGGAAGCCUGACAUUUCAGGCCUUAGAACCUUCUCAGAUGCGAGCUCCAAGUCGGGCUCUGACCCAGAGAGGAGCACCCCAUCAUCGUGUGAAAGUGAGGAAAGACUAACUGGUUGCAGAGUGGAGCAGGCAGUGCCAGCUCAAGAGGUUUCUCUGACAACAUACUUCAAUGUGGAUAACUGUAUGACGGAAACAUACCGUCUCAAGUACCACAACCAGAGGCCUCUUGUGCUCUCUGCCACGGUGCCACGGACAGUGGUUGUGACUGAGCGCAGAGAUACAAGCCACACACUCCCCACUGACACAUAUUCACAAGAUGUGCCAAAACCCAGACCUGAAACAAGCCAUAAUAGCAAUAAACCCACUGCAAAAUGGAAUCCAGUGACAGCCAAGGGACUGGAUGAACGUGGUUUUUUAUGAGCGUUACUUGGCAAGGUUUGUUUACAUGGAUGAACAGUGGUCAGCAGAGUACUAACUGGAUGCCAAAGAUUAGAGAAUGGAAUGGAAAUAUGCUCUGACACACGAUAUCUCCAGACUGAGUGGAAUAUAUUUAUGCAAGCUUGUCACAUAAGUAAAACCUAUUUCUAAAUGCUGUUGCAUAUUGUUUGACGGACUCUAAACUAUCACGUAUACUGUACCGUCUUCCAUUGUCCCGCAGUGUUGCUGCAAGGAGAUUUUGUUUUAACCAAAAUCUGAUUGGACUGUUUUCAGUUUGCACAAAGGGUUUUUGAGUCUUUAUUAUUCUUUGUCACCAUAUGUCAAGUUUAAAAAUGUUUAUUUUUAAAAUGUCUAUGUCUUUUUAUUUGUGCAAUAGUUCUGCAGAAGUGUUGCAGAAAUUAAGAUAUUUUAAUGUACUGCAAUUAAGGCAUGAGACAAUGUGAUGAGCACCAGUUGGAUUGAUUAUGCAUUGGUCUGUACAGUUAUUAUAUGAAGAUGAAACACGGAGGUGUGACUACAAAUGAUAAGAUGUCAGAAUAUGAUGUCAUUCUAUACAACAAAAUAAAAACCCAAAGGGCCAAAGGUUUGUCCCAUCAGCAGCAGGUUGAAGGGUAGUUCAUUUAUUUACGUCUGUCAGAGGAGUAAUAUCUGGGCAGCUUACCAACUUAUGCAUAUUGAGAGCUUUAGGUCACCAAGGAACUGACAUUGCAACAUUUACGGUUAUUCAGUUACUGAUUUGCUCCAACUCUUAUCAUUUGUACGUUAUUUUACAACAUUAAUGUGUUACUGAAUGACUGAGGGCUGCCACGUACCAGUUAGUCUCCUGGGCUGUAAAAUUCUUAAUGACUUAUUGAUUCAAUAGAAUUGUUAACUCUCAUUAAAUCAUUGGCAGUUUUCAUGCAUUCAUUCAUAAAUACAUAUACACACAAUUUCGAGAACUGUGCUUUUGCUUGACUGCGUUUGGUUUCAGGCAGUCUACAUAUCUGAUAAUUAGUUGACUAAGACGCUGUGUAGUUGAGGCAGCCCUCAGGUUAUUCAAUGGGUCACUAUAUACUGUACAACCAUGUCACCUCAUGUAUUCUACCUUCGAUUGUGCUGGUUCUUGUAAUCCUUUUUUGUAAUUCACAGUGAUGUCAAAUUGUAUUUUUUCAGUCUUCCUUUUCAAGUAGACAGAUUUAAACAGGUCUGUACCUGCAGGUAUUUUCAUAAUGAUGCCAAUAUAAAUAAUAUGCCUAUCUGAUAUUGACCAUACAACACAACAGCUAUUCAUGUUCAUAAGACUAAUGUUCUGAAACCUGCAUGUGGCCUUUACAAAGUUUUACUAGCUGUGUGUACAGCGUAAGCAUGAGCAUGAUAACAGUUGACUUUGAGUCCAACAAACAUAAAUUCUAUUGGAUUUUAUGUAAUUGUAAUAAUAAAAUCAAUUCAUUAAAUAGCAAUUUGUAUCUACAGUUGAUUUGGAAACUCUUUUUUUUUUAACACUUGAAUGUUGUUCUCUUCCUCUUGCUCAUGCAAGGACACAUACAUUUGAUUAUGCAUUCAUUGUAAAUACAAACAUAUGAUGCAAACAAUGAACUAGAAAACAGCGGACAGACAAGACAUACUAUGCAUUCAUGAAAAAAAUACUUUAAGAUCAAUUUAAAGCAGAUUUGGGUAAUUUCAUGGCUUUGUAUUCUGUACAUUUGACAUUCCCAAAGGCACAUAAAUAUCAGCGUGUUGUACAAUUGUCAUCAUAAGUAUACAAUUUAUUUGGUGCUCACUAGAUUGGCAGGUUUUUUUCCAAAACAUCCUGACACUUAUUCAUUUUUCACCACAAUAACCUCUUCUCCAGGUAUUUCUAGACUAUUCUAACCACACACAUUUAGUCACUAAAUUGCUCUGUUUGUAUGUGUUGUGUUUGUGCUGUCUGACACCAAAGGAUGGUGUUCAGAAAUGUAUGAGAGUAACACUAAUUUGAGCAUUUGUCAUGAUUUAUUUAUUGUCACUGUUCAAAUUGAAGAAAAAGAAGGCAUAACAUGUAGCGAAGCAGUAUACUGUUUCAAAUAACAUAAGGAUGCCUUUGUAUAUGGUGAUUGUGCUUCAGUAAAUAUAAAUCACUCAUUUUACUUCUUUUUAAUAUAUCUAAUAUAUUAACUGGAUAAAGAAAUCCAAAUGGCUGAACUCUUGGAUUAGAUGAAACUUGGUCAAAGUAUAUUAACCAGAUUAUCUUAAUGUUCUAACCCUCAUCUGCAAAGUUUGUUUUUGUGUUUUUUAUUAUUUAGUUACAGUAUUUGACCUGUUAUUUCAUUAUUUUCUUCAUCUGUAAAAACAGAAAUUCUAUUGUUUUCACACAAGUUGUAUUUUACAUUCUUAAUUUUGUGUCUUCAGUUGUAUCAAGAGUGCCUUGGCAUUUUCAGUGUUUUUUUUGUUUUUUUUUUGUGAUUGAAACCACGAUUAGACAAUGAGGGCGAUAAAUGAAAGGGAUGUAAUGCACAUUUUUAUAAUAUGCAAUGCUAAUAGUGACAUAUCUGAUGACACACCUCUGUUUGCACCAUUUUACUAUACGUUGUGAGAGUGUGUGUGUGUGUGCGUGUGUGUGUGUGUGUUAGUAUUCCUAAAAGCCCUUUCAGACUUGGAAGCUACAACCACAGCCAGAACCUCAGCAGUUCAUUCUCCAUUCAGCUUCAAUUCACAAAAGUUUGACAUGUUAAUCUGCAGAAAAUGUGAAAAUCUGGGCUCUUGUGUGGCAAGUGCUUCCCAUCUUCUAGGCUGCAAAGCUUCCUGGUUUGAAAGAGCCUUAAUGCAUAGAAACUGAAAGUUUUUUUUGUGGUAAAGAAUUACACAUUGCAAAUGCCUGUGUGUCCGUGUGUGUGAGCUUGAAAAAGGAGGCCACUAAUUGAUUUUCCUCCUGAACCCAUCAUCUGUAGUCUCAGUACACAGUACCUUAUAUGCUCAAGAGGCCUGUUUGACAAUAGGUCUUCCUGUCCUGUGUCACAUAACGUCACAAUUGGCAUUGCAUCAGUCCAUAUCUUUUAUCUUGCGCUAACUAUACGGGAACAUAAUUAGACUGUAUUACAUCACCACUGAGGAACAAAAGAAAACUUGCCACAUUAUCUCACUGAUUUUAUCUGAUAAGUUCAUGGCUGAUGUGGCCUGAUGUGUUGGAACUGUAUGCCUCACUAAAUCCUAUUGUCAUGCCCAUGUGUGUGGUUAGGAUUUGGCCUGAUAUUACUGUUGAAUUGAGUUGCUGGUGCUUCAGUGAAUGCUUCAUGAUUUAUGUAAGUACAGAUCAAUUUAAAGGAACAUAACAAAUCUGUCUACACUUUAUAUUUUUGUAGAUAAUAUAUAUUUAUUUUUUUCAUUGUU